UAUCCAUUUCAUUCCUCCUCUAUAUGUAUUUCACAAUGUUUUCUGCAUGUAAAACUAUAACUAUUCACUACAAAAUGUUUUGUGUUAACGUUUUUGGGUGUCUGGAACGGGGUCACUUGAUUUACAUUAUUAUUAUAUAAUAAUUAUAUAUUAUAGAGUUUUUCAUGGACCGUUUCGAGCGGAUUAAUAACGAAAACCUGAGGUAUCACUAUUUCUUUAUAGUAUAUGUAUUAAAUUUGAAAACAUGUAUUAAUUAAAAAAAUGUCUAUACAUUUUUUUGUUUAGACUUUAAGGAUACACUAUAUAAAUGCGACCACAGAGCCUAAUUUUCUGUAAAUGCAUUGACUAAUUGAAUUAGUCAUAAUCAACGCAGAGGGAAAAUUCUUCAGCAAAGUCACAAAGCACACUUACGGUGAGCACACUUGCAAUGUGAAUCAACGUUAGGUGAUUAAUUGUACUGAGAUGGGGUUACUGUACGAGCUGUAUGACUUGGUACACGGUACGAUUUGCUGCUCAAAGUAACAAUGUGAAGAUGAGUGACAAAAUCAGACAGAACGGUGACAAGGACUUUUGACCUCAGGUCCCUUCGUUAUCAUUGUGCCAGAUUAUCAAGCUGGUUCUUGCUUUGACUUCCAGAGCAGCUGAAAGUCUGUCAACAACGUGCUGACAAGGAGCAUGUCACUUCUGACAUGAACUUUGACCUUACCACACAUCCUGAGUCGGAUGUCCGUAAUAUAAUCAAAAGGUAUUUGCGGACCAUUAUCCUGGGAUAGGCUCCAGCAUGCCCCCGCAACCCUAAAGAGGAGAAGCGGUAUAGAAAAUGGAUGGAUGGAUAUCCAUGAACAAUCUUUCGACCUCUGCUAUUUUGGCCAGGUUGUGUCUGGCAUCUUGUUCACCUUCAAGUUUAAUGUCUUGUGUGCUUAGAGAUGCUCUUUUGCAUAUAGGACUGGAUUUAGUCACAUCAUUAGGACGCAAAUAGCUGUCUUCGGCUACGCCUGCCAGUAACUACAGUAGUAGUUUGUAACCCAAAUUUGAACUUGCAGCCGAGAGAUGGCUUGUAUCUAAAAAACACUGGUGAGUUGAGACACUCGUAUGCUAAGGUACUACUGUAUAAAUGACAAUAAAAAAUACCUGCAGUUUUCCAGCACAUUCUCUAGAUUCUUCAGUUUCUUCAGCGGAGCACAGCAAUUGGCAUUUGAGACUUGACGUACUCCGCUGACCACUCAACUCACAGCAACAGUAGAUGCAAAUAACUUUGGUCUUGUCGAGAGAGCCAUCUGCCAGGGCUUUGACGCUAAACUUAGUAUUCAAAAUACCCUUUUCUUUGUCCAUUUCUGCUCAAUAUUUGUACCUGGUUGUGGCUCAACAUUAACUGUAACACUGCUGCGUUUUCUCAAGCUAUAGUGCAGGCCGAGGGUCAAACAGGAUGUGCGCACAUUAAUUGCACGUCAAAAAAAUGAGUGGCGUUAAAGGAAACUUGGACAACCCUAUUAAAAUCAUCAUUUUACAUUCCUGUAUAUUCUUAAAAUACUGUAGAUCAUUCCCAUUAUUGGAGGAUUUAUAGUACUUUUAAGGUGUACGUUAUAGUAUUCUGAUCAUCGGCUGCAAAGACGAGAGCAGGACUGAUUAACCCGUUUAAUUGAGGCGAUGAAGACAAAGCAGUUAAAAGGCAUCAGUGUCAAUUAAUUUAACCUAGUUUGUAGCUUGUAGUUAUGUCCUCCUUUACUCUCUGACCAUGUUUGUCUGUUUGGCAUGUGCUUGUCAUCAGUCCCUUGACCUCCUAAAGGUCUAAAUAUAAACAUCCAAGCAGCAGUUUUGCUGUUUAGGUCACAUUACCUCAUCCCAAAUCAACAUAGGGGCGUGAGCUGCAGACACAUAGAAAGAUUUAUGAUCCCAUGGGUCACAUUAAGAAGUCGUCAUUGGAGCCGUGAACGUGACAAGACGUGACAUUGGUUAGCAGACAGUCGACAGGACUUGGCUAGAGCGAUACUGUAUUUGCACUGAAGUUUGAAAAGAUUUUUGUAUUUGAUUUUAAACUUGAAUUGUUUUUCAAAUCCCUUUGGCAGACAUGGGUAAUGGCAUCAAUAAGGUUCUUCCAGAUCUGUAUCUUGGAAAUGUCAAAGAUGCCCGUGACCGGGAUCUGCUGACGCAGCACAACAUCACCCACAUCCUGUCCAUCCAUGACACAGCUGCACCUGUCUUAGAGGGCAUGACAUAUUUUUGUAUAUCUGCAGCUGAUCACAGGAAGCAAAAUCUGAUUCAGUACUUCAAAGACAGCAUCACGUUCAUUCACAAAGCCAGAGUGAAAGGAGAGGGCUGCCUUGUCCACUGUGUGGCAGGGGUGUCCCGUAGUGUGACACUGGUGGUGGCCUACAUCAUGACCGUGACAGGUCGGGGUUGGGUAGAGUCCCUAGCAGCGGUGAGGGCAGCGCGGCCAUGUGCAGGACCCAACCUGGGAUUCUUACGUCAGCUGGAGGAGUUUGAGAACACAGAACUGAAACAAUACCAGACCUGGUGGAAGACACAUUAUGGGAAACCCUCACUCCAUGAUCAAGAGGAAGUUGGAAAACUCUUAAUGCGCAGAUCUGAAGGCAGAAGCAGUGACUUCCCAACCAGCAUUACAAAAGCUCUGGCCACAAGCGGAUCGUGAAAGUCACAAAGUCCUCCGUUGAAGUUGAACCGUGGGCCGUUUUCAUCCACGUUUCUCAAAAUGUUUGUCAUUGUUACCACUACACAUCGGGUGUAUGCCCUCUUGGGAACAGAGCAAUAGGACCAUAACAAAGGAGUGAAUCAGAUGUUGUCCAGUAUUGCAAGUAAGCUCAUGGGAGUUAGAUGAGUCUUUCUUCUAGCUUCUUCCUACUCCUUUUCGGAUAUCAUCAUUUGUGCAGGUUUGGUCAAGUGAUGUUUUUUUAAAUGUAACUUGUUAAGCGUGUCCAGAAGAAUAAACCCUGACCAUGAGCGUACUACACUACGCUUGAGAUCAUUACUAUUGGUGGUUGGAUAGAUUAGAUUGACAGAACUUAUACUUUGUCAUAUCGUACAGGCAUUGCAAUAAUUGCGGGGAUUUCUUUUCCACACCGUCAGUCCCAUGACAAGACGUCUUCUUGGUCCUAACUGUCAAAACAACACGCAAGGGCAGUCAAGCAUAAAACCAAGGGAAGAAAAAAACUGCGUGUGUAUAUGAGUUUCUUUGUAAUAUAUAAAGUGUGCAGAGUAAAUGUCAAUUUUGAAGCAUGUCCUCCCCGUCAUGUUGUGUGCUCAAAAUAUGAGCAUUUUCUUAAAUUAAUUAUGUAAAGCUAUAUAACUUCAUCUUCAGCGCAGUAUUUUAUUUUUGCCAGGUUGUUUACUGAAUUUAUUGGAGAACAAAUGCAAUUGUUUGGGGAAGAAAGUUGUCUUAAAAAAGGUCUUUGAUGAAAAAAAUAAUGUAAAUAUCUACUGUGUA